GGAGCCGCCGGGGAGGCGCGCGGCGGACGCAUCCCGGAGCCAGGAAGAAGGCAGCGGGCGGAGGGGGAGAAGCGAAGCCCCGUCGCGUCCGCAGGUGCGGGUUCCGCAGGAGAUGUCGCAAGAUGUAACAGACCUGUCAACCAGGAAUCAUGUCGGUAAAACUGACGUUUGACUCCCCAGCUGGUGGGGGAAGAAUCAGCCGGAGCUGCUCUUUUGCAGGGUUUAGCAGUGCACACAGCCGAAAGUUAGCAAAGUCCCUCGGCAAAGGUUCCACAAGAUCCAAAAUGUCAGUGAAAUCUGCCAAGAUGUAUUCCACUCUCCAGAAAGGGGCUGUCAUCUGGGAUCCCAAGCCGCAACAAGUGACAAAAGUUUUUGAAGCUUUGAAGAAGGGACUUAAUGAAUAUCUAGAAAUGCAUCAGGCAGAGCUGGUUUAUCUGUCCGAGUGCCACAAAGAUACAAGAAGGAUUUCCCGGCUGGCCUUCUACUANCCCCCCCCCCCCCACUUUUAG